CAAAGUUGGUUCUUUAUUCUAUGCAAGAAAUGGCGGACGCCGUUGCAUCAGAGAGCGGGUCAAAGCAUUCAUCCUGUCCAUUAACUACCAAGGAUGACAAGUCACAGAAAGGACACUUCCACCACUGUGAUCGCUGUGACUAUAAGACUAGAAAACCGUCUGAUCUAAAAGCACACAUUAGGGUCCACACAGGUGAAAAGCCAUUUCAGUGCCCUACAUGCUCUAAGAGCUUCGCAAAAAAGGACACUCUUAACACACACCUGCGUGUCCACACUGGUGAGCAGCCAUUUGAGUGCCAUUUGUGCCCUCAGAAGUUCUCACACAGAAGCUCUCUAAAGCAUCAUUUGCGUGGCCACUUAGACGUGCGGCCCUAUCAGUGCCCCUCAUGCCCUCGGACUUUUCGGUCUGGGACCCAACUGAAUGCUCACCUACGCAUCCACACGGGUGAGCGGCCAUAUCAGUGCCCCUCGUGCCCCCGCACUUUCACGCACAAGAGUCAUCUGACUGUUCACCUACGCAUCCACUCAGGCGAGCGACCAUACCGCUGCACCAUCUGCUUGAAGUCCUUUGUGCGGUCUAGUACCUUGAACAAACAUAUGAAAACACAGCACUGUGACAACCCUAAGGCACCAGCCCUGUAGGUGUGCAUAAUGUAUUAGGCAGAGUCUAAAAUUGUGAAUCUACAUACCUGCGCAAUAUGCUGCAUGGCAUUGUGGUUGCAACUGCUGU